AUGCAAUGUAUGCCACGUAGGGAUGCAAGGUUAGGCGCUUGCUCUCAUCCUACCACUUCGUGGGUUUCUCUGGGUGUUUGCUUUUCUGCCUUGCUGGGUGGGUAUUGCAUGCAAGGCGAAAGCGCCUGGUCUUUCGACAUCCGCUGGGCUGUAUGUGAGGAUGAACGCCGAUCGUUUGGUGACCUUGUGAAUGGCAGAGCAAACCAAACUGAGGGUGGUCUUCCGAUAGGGCCGGGUCUGGUAUUUGGCUGCAGCUCGCAGGGACUUGGCUGCUUCGAAUUUAUUGACAGCGGGCUCCUCGUCGAGCCUGCUUGCCGCUCUAUCCGGCCGGAGGAACGGAAUUCCGGCGGUUAUAGCCAAAGCCAUGGCGAAUCAUCUGUCUGGAAAGAGCAUGUGGGACUGUGGACUGGGGGCAGCAAAGGACAGUACCGGAGCAGGCCGAAGCCACGGUUGAAAAGCCGGAUAGUGUCUGAACCGGACGGGGGUCCAUGGCGGCUGGGAGGUUCAGCUGGCCCGGGCCCAGAAUCCGGGCGCCUCUGA